UCCAUCAUCCACUUUCCCAUUCACCUUUCACUUUCCAUUCUUUCUUAAGUUUCUUUAUAUCCAUUUUUUAUUCCCUUUUUGCCCAUUAUUAUUUCCUCUCACUCCUUCAUUUUCAUCCAUGUACGUUCUUACUAGAACAAAACCGAUCAUGUUUGACAUGAUAUAAAAGAGGAUAAAAAAGGAAUAUCCCAUCCCAUGCUAUGCUAGGCUAUACUACGCUAUGAUGGAGGAAGUUCCGGGAGCGUUUGGAACCAGCGCUAGCUUGUCUCUUCGUUUGGGUCAAACCGUUUUCUCUUCUGCUUCUCUUUGCUUCAUGUGCUUGGACGUUGGUUUUUACUCCUUCACUUCUUUCUCAUUCUUGGUAACAGUAAUGGGUUUGGCAAUUCCCUGGAGCAUAACAUUAUUCUUGGUAGAUGCUUACUCCGUCUUCAUACAAUGUUUGCCGAUUCAACGAAGGCUCAUAAUGAUAAUCGUUUUUGGAGACAUGGUUAUGUCAUAUCUUUCAUUAGCUGCAGCAUGUUCUGCAGCAAGUGUGACAGAUCUUCUGCAUGAAGCUGGUAGAUCACAUUGCCCUGAAAAGUUAUGUGGUAGAUAUCAAUUGUCUGCGGCUAUGGCAUUUUUGUCUUGGUUUCUUUCAUCAGCAUCAUGUCUUUUUAAUUUUUGGAUUUUACCUUCUCUGUAAGAAUAUUUAUUAUCUUGCUUAUUGUUGAUACAACAUACAUGUACAUGAAUGAAAAGGGUGCAAAUGACAAAGUCAUUUCCUCUUGAGCAUAUAUUUUUGGUGUUCUUGUGAAUAGAAUUUUGGUACAAUAGUAAAAAAUGUAUUAGCUCUUCACAUUAUAAGAACUCAAUAUAAUAUCAAUCAAGUGCUAUGAUGAAA